GUGCAUGACUUGAAAGGCGUGUACAACUGUAAGCAUCAUCCAAAGUUUAUCAACGGCGAGAAAACUGAAGAUGAACUCUUUUACGAAUUUCUCAAAACAUUUCAACCAGAAAAUGAUUACGACGAUAAAGUUACGUUGGACGAGUUCCUCAACUACUACAGCGGUGUGAGUGCAUCAAUAGACAACGAUGCCUACUUCGACCUGAUGAUGCGAAAUGCAUUCAAACUUCUUUUUUUCUUUAUUUUAAGGGUCACACGGGAGGAGUUCAUUAGCUACUAUUGCGGUCUCAGUGCAUCCAUUGACAAUGAUGUGUAUUUUGAUCUCAUUAUGCGAAACGCUUAUAAACUAUGA